AUGGACAAUAAGAUAAUUAAUUACUUUUUCAUUUUUUUUAUAAAAAUGAACUUCCUCAAAUUCUUCCCCCUUUUUGUCUUCCAUUACUUUAGCCAAUAUUUUCAAUCUUUUACUCAAGCUGCCACUUUUAACAUUAUCAAUCGGUGCACCUACACGAUUUGGGCCACUGCCUCCCCUGGUGGAGGCAGGCGGCUCAACUCGGGCCAAUCUUGGACCCUAAAUGUGAAUCCGGGAACAGUCCAGGUUCGCAUUUGGGGCCGAAUCAAAUGUAACUUUGAAGGCAAUGGCCGAGGCAAAUGCGAGACUGGAGACUGUAACGGGCUGCUGCAAUGCCAAGGCUAUGGUAGUCCACCAAAAAAUUUAGCUGAAUUCGCGCUUAAUCAGCCCAAUAACUUGGACUAUGUCGAUAUUUCUCUUGUCAAUGGAUUCAACAUUCCUAUGGAAUUUAGCCCAACUAAUGGUGCGUGUCGUAAUCUUAGAUGCACUGCACCUAUUAACGAGCAAUGCCCAAGCCAAUUACGAACACAAGGUGGAUGUAACAAUCUGUGUACUGUUUUCAAGACUAAUCAAUAUUGUUGUACAAAUGGACCUGGAUCAUAUGGUCCUACUGAUUUCUCGAGAUUUUUUAAGACAAGGUGCCCAAAUGCUUAUAGCUAUCCACAGGAAGAUCCAACUAUUUUGUUUACAUGUCCUGCUGGUACAAAUUACAGGGUUGUCUUCUGCCCUUGAAGGCUGC